GAGAGCAUGGCGUUGUGUGCGCGUUGACGUAAGGGGAAGGUGGCGCCGAGGACGCCGAGCCGGCUGGUGCUGGCUGCGGCGGGUUUGUUGUUUUUGUCCGUCUGUCGCCAUGUUGGGACCGGUCGCUUUGUUAUAAAGGAGGAGCCAACGGGGAGAAAAGGAAGAAAGAGGGUGUUGUCGGCGCUGGGAACAAAACAAAAGGAGCGGCGAGUUUACAAUUAAAAGUGUAACUGUAGUGGGGGAAAUUCCUUCAACAUCCGAAGGAGCGAUUUUCUUCCCCCUCAUAAAAAGGAAAUAAAAGAAUCAGUCUCUGGGGCGCAAGGAUGAGAGUGAACCUCGGUGACCGUUAGGGAAGGGGGAGCGGAAGUGGAACGGAACCGGGCCGAGCCAUGCCAUACCCUGCUGCAAAUCAAGGAUCUCUGCAGCUCCAAACACAAAAACAUUAUGGCAUUACAUCUCCAAUUAGUUUGGCUUCGCCAAAAGAAAAUGAUUUUGUGCUUACUCAGAAACUCAUUGAAGCAUUGAAACCUUUUGGAGUCUUUGAAGAAGAAGAGGAGCUGCAGCACAGAAUUGCAAUUCUGGGAAAACUUAAUAGCUUAGUUAAAGAGUGGAUCCGGGAUACCAGUGAAAUUAAGAACCUUCCAUCGUCUGUAAUAGAGAACGUUGGUGGGAAAAUUUUUACAUUUGGUUCCUACAGAUUAGGGGUACAUACAAAAGGUGCUGAUAUUGAUGCUCUGUGUGUUGCACCUCGCCACAUUGAAAGAGUUGACUUCUUCACGUCCUUUUGCGAAAAGCUGAAGCAGCAAGAUGAAGUGAGGAAUUUACGGGCUGUUGAAGAUGCUUUUGUACCAGUAAUUAAACUAUCUUUUGAUGGUAUAGAGAUUGAUAUUUUAUUUGCAAGAUUGGCACUUCAGACAAUCCCUGAAGAUUUGGAUCUUCGAGAUGAUGUACUACUUAAAAACUUGGACUUGAGAUGCAUUAGAAGUCUUAAUGGUUGCAGAGUCACUGAUGAAAUAUUACAUCUAGUACCAAACAUUGAAAAUUUUAGGCUGACAUUGAGAGCAGUUAAAUUAUGGGCCAAACGCCACAAUAUUUACUCAAACAUACUAGGCUUUCUGGGUGGUGUGUCAUGGGCCAUGUUGGUGGCAAGAACAUGUCAGCUGUACCCCAAUGCUGUUGCAUCCACUCUAGUACACAAGUUCUUUUUGGUAUUUUCAAAAUGGGAAUGGCCUAAUCCUGUCUUAUUAAAGCAACCAGAGGACUGCAAUCUGAAUCUACCAGUAUGGGAUCCACGGGUUAACCCAAGUGACAGAUACCAUCUCAUGCCAAUAAUCACACCAGCCUAUCCACAACAAAAUUCUACAUACAAUGUCUCUGCAUCUACACGUGCAGUGAUGAUGGAGGAGUUUAAGCAAGGUCUUUCGAUCACAGAUGAAAUUUUAAUGGGUAAAAUGGAGUGGUCCAAACUCUUUGAAGCUCCAAACUUCUUUCAGAAGUACAAGCAUUACAUUGUGUUGCUGGCAAGUGCCCCAACGGAAAAACAGCACUUAGAGUGGGUGGGCUUGGUGGAAUCCAAAAUCCGAAUCCUUAUUAGCAGCUUAGAAAAGAAUGAGUUCAUUACUCUGGCUCACGUUAAUCCGCAGUCAUUCCCAGCUCCCAAAGACAAUCCUGAGAAGGAUGAAUUCAGCACAAUGUGGGUCAUUGGAAUAGUCUUUAAGAAAGUGGAAAACACUGAGAAUCUGAGUGUUGACCUCACUUAUGACAUUCAGUCAUUCACAGAUACUGUUUAUAGACAAGCAAUGAACAGCAAAAUGUUCGAAACAGAUAUGAGGAUUGCAGCAAUGCAUGUGAAAAGGAAACAGCUCCAUUUGCUUCUACCUAGUUAUGUCCAGCAAAAAAAGAAAAAGCAUUCAUUAGAGGGGAGCAAAGCCAACUGUGAUGAUGAAAAUAGCAUGGAAGCUUCUCUGGACAGUGACCACAGCUUGCUAGUGCCUUCUAGUCCAUUACAGAAUUCCAGCAGCCCACAGAGUCCUGUUACUGCAGCAUUGUCAGUGAAUGCAAGCAGUGUUCAGAAUUCAGAAGCACAGCCGGAAUCUGAGACUAGUCCUUCCAAAAGAAAUUCCAUUCCCAGCUCAGGGGGCUCAUCUUCGUCAACCAGUGAACACAUUCCUCAGGCCUCAUCCAUACCUGCUUCUAUCGCACAGCCAAAGUCGCUAGUCACCCGGCUUUUACCUACAUGUGUCAGCAGUCAGCCCCCAAAUGUGCCCACAAAAGCAUCCAGCCCUGUUGCCUCUGGGAGAAAGAGACCAGCAUCACCAUCGACAAAUGAAUCUGCAAAGAAGGAGGAACCUGCGAUGAACGGUGUAACUGUUGAUCAAAAUCCAUUGCAAAACUUGAAGAGAGUAUCGACUCAGACAUCUGAAAUUUCACCAAAGAGAAAGAAGCUAGAUGGAUCUGGCUGUGUGAAGGAACAAGGUGACUGUUCAAGAAGUCCUGUUAAUGAGAAAACAGUCGAUGAAAAUAUGAAGGAAGUUGAGUCUGAAGAAAAACUGGCGCCAAUCGCAUCCAAGGCUUCUGCCUCACAGGAACCAACGAGCACAGAGCUGUCUGAUGUCUCUUCCCUUCCAGUAAACCCUGUUCCAGUAGUUAAAAAUUCGAUAAAGCUGAGGUUGAAUCGGUAGACCUGCUACCACUCCCGGGGCCAUAGAAAUCAAAAAUAACCAGGACAGACAGAGACAAACACAAACGCAGACAUACACAGACACACAUGCGCAUAUACAUGGAAAUAAAACAUCUACCAGAAGAGUCAUCUGAUCACUGGCUACAGCUUCCUCCGUGGAAACAUUUUAAAAGUUCUUUGAACGCAGGUGAUUGUGAUGUGGUGAAGUUGGACGAUAAAGGCUGUAGAUUUUUUUUUAAAACAUGUCCUAUAAGACUUGAUCAUUGUUGAAUCUGGAGUCUAGUAGAACUCGACCAGUAAAGACGAUGCACUGCGGACUGACUGGUCGUGCAGGGAGUGCAUCAUGGCGGAGUACUGCUGAUGUGUUGGCAACAGUUAUGUUAGUUGAAACUGUUUUUUUCUGAAAAACCUUUUUCUUUUCCUGUUAUCUUUGCUCUUAAACUGCCUUGCAAUUGUGAAAAAGUUUUAAAAAAUUUUGUUGACCAAUUGUUUAGUCACAUGGGCAUUAUUUGUGAAUUUAGGUUAGUGAUGGUAUUGAGAGAGAUUUAAUAUUGAAGGAUUCUUGUACCAGACCAUGCCAUUAUUGAUUUCAGGGCACAUAAUCUACAUUAUCCACCUAUUUCUUUUCUGAAUUUUUUAGUUGCUACUAGGAAGAACUUUAUUUCUGGAGCAUUGUAUGACCUGGAAAGGGGGCAGUAGCUUCUGAGUUUUUUUCCCCCCCGGUUGCUUCCAUUGUUUUUGUGCUGCUUUCUUGACAAACUGGAUAUUAAUUUGAUUAUUUUAUUCCUGUUUAUGCCACUAUCAGGGACUGUUUGGGACUUAUUUUGCUUCAGAGCUACAUUUAAGAUGGUGGAUGUCAUGUUCGGCCACCGGAUGUUUCCUUUUGGAAUUGCUUUCAAAUCAAGUCAUAGUGGCUGGGAUUUAAUACCUGCUACCACUGGGAUGAGUCAUUGCUUUACCAGUUCCUUUUCAAUUUGAAAUCCAAUGUAGAACUCAUCCAUAUUUGACGUUGAUUGAAUUCAUCUAUAUUUACAUUGAAUGAAACUUCAGUGAUUUGCUCUUGCUUGGGAAAAGCAGAUUUCUGUGCUUUGCAUGGCUCAUGGUUUUGCGAACUGCAAGGUUGUUAUGCAUCGCUCAAGCAUGUGGGUUUAGAACUCUCCUCCUGUUUAGCCAAGCAUCUGGUGUUUGUCUACAUUAAUCUAUUUGACCCUGGAAAAUGGGUGUUACCAUUGGGCUAAUUCUUUUCAUUCAAGUAUCCCCAAUGCACAAGCAAGUAACUCCCUUUCCAUAAGAGCUACCAUUAGCAAUACAUUUUAAAAACUAAAACCACCUUUGGAUCAACGCAAAAACGCUUUUUUGCUGGUCCUCCAAUUUGUCACUUUUAAAUCCCUUUAGAACAGAUGUGUGGGAUGAAUAUUCUCCAGGUAUGUGAUGUCAAGUAACUUGAAAUCUGUGUACAAUGAGCCAAUUUUUAAUGUCCACUUUUUAAUUUUGCCACCGCAUUAAAUGACGAAAUAUCUUUUUGCUGGUUUUAUGAUUUUGGGAUGUGUUAUGACCACCUGAGAUCUGCAUGAUCUGGCAACAUGAUUGAAAAUCAAACUCUUCGUUAGAUUUAAUGCAUUCAACCAGGUCAGAAAUGAACAUAAUUUUUACAUAACCUUUUGGUCAGUCCAGCUAACACUUAAUUAUGGAACCAAAAUUAUGGAGCUACUCUCUGUACUGGGCAAGCAGGUUCUGUGAAUCAGUCGCGUGCAUUUAUUUAAAGGAAAAGAUUUAUAAAGAGAACUUGUGAUUCAAAUGUUGCCGUAUUUGAACUUGAGCUAAUUAGUAUGAGCAGGUUGUUGGCUCAGUCCUUGACCAUUUCACUCGGAGCCAGAACUAAACCAGAUAUAAGUAUAUUUGCUACUGGUGGGUAGGGAUCAGAAUUUUGUGGCUCUCCAUUGUAUAACUUCUGUUGUUGAAUUUUUAAUGAGAUAACAAAGAAUUUCCUCUGUGAAUUGAAUCCUUCUGCACUUGCAUAGGUUUAAACAAUUUGAGUAUUUUUCAUCAGUUGCAUUGAGACAUUAUAAACUUUUUGGCAAUGGUCAAGUCCUCUCGAACGUACAAAUGAUAUUUUAUGGUUUUAAUUUAUUAUUAAUAUAUAUUUAAAUGUGCUUCCCAAAUGCUCCUCCAAAACAAAACUUUGCAGACAGUCUAAAACUUUACCAUGAGCUGAGAGUGAAAUUUUCAAAUUCUAAUAGCUUGUAGUACGGGUCAUUGGAUCUGCUGUCUGAGACCUGUUGAAAUUUGAAAAACAACAGCUGUAUUUGAAAUAACUUUUCAUGUUGUGUACAUGCUUCAUUUCUCCCUUGUCCUUUCGAAAGCCUGUUCUUUUUCCUGUCAAGGGAAACAUUUCUGAUUAUAAGGUGGUUGCCUCCCUGUAGUCCAGCUAACUAUGUAUCUUUGCAAAAUAUGUAAACUCAAUUGGCUGUCCUCACUUAAGUUUUACAGGAGUUUAUGUUCAAGUCUUUUAAUUUGGGGUGUACUGUAAUUUGUGAAGGACUGUUUAUCAAAUUAUCUUCUCAAUUUCUUUCCAAAGAGGAUCUCCCAGAAACCUCCAGGCUUUCAUUUUUAAUUGUGCUGUCAUGUUAAUUUCUGAUUUUCCACAUCUUGAUGUGUAUGAUAUGCUUAAUACAGCAAAAUAUUUGACUGUUCUGAGGGAAAAUGGGAAAGAUCCAUUAAAACUUCAGUGAUGAUCGCCAACGUAGGCUCCACAGGAAACAAUUGUGCUUGCAGUUUGGGUGCCUUGCUUUCAUCAGUUUGGACAUCAAAUUGUUGGAUGAGUCUAUGACCAAUUCUUCAAGUUCAGCUAUUUAAAUUGUUCUGCUUGCAUGUAAAAAGAAAAAUGCUAACCAUUUUUUAAAAAGUCUUAGAUUUGCUUCCUUUUCAAUAGGUCUGUUAGUAAGAAAGAAUGAUAGGGAGGGGGAUAAAGAGAGUUGCGGUUCCCUCUUUCAGUGAAAUGGAGUUCCUCAAAACUCUUUGCCUUUCUUGCAGCAUUGUCCUGGCUACUGUAGUGGUUUUGAUUUUUAACAAAAACAGUUUAAAGAUUAUCAAAGUCUGUUUUGCCAUUGCAGAAUUUGGAAUAUUUCUUUUGAAUGGGUUUUACACAGAAUAAAUCCAGAAGUUUUUUGCUUCUGAACUUAGAAAGGAAAAAUAUUGAUCCUGGUCUUCCCCAUCCAAGGAACUAGUUACAUGUAUCUAGUGGAGGAAAUUAUCCAAAUAAUUUUAGAUGGGAGAAAUGAUAUGUAUACUCUGACCUUGACAGUGUUUGCAUUAUGGGAUGUACUAUAUAUUAUGUCUGAUUUGAGUUACUUUUUGCCAUGCCUUUUGUAUAAAGCCAAUUUUUAAGGCUUUGUGUAAACAUUCAUAAGAGAUUUAUUGCCAAUAUCCUUCAAAUUGGGUUGAGGAGGAAAAACCUUAAACACAAUUAAGAUAUGCAGCAUAUAGCAGGGAGUAAUAUUUUUGCCAUUUAGUUGGUGCAAUAUAUUUGUUAUUGCAUCCCCUAUUUUGAGUUAUGAAUGGCAAUUCUAAUGUACGUGCGUGUUUGCAUUGCCUGAUCCAGGAAGCUAGGGUUCAUACUUGUUGAUUUAUAUAUUUGUAUUAUCGAAGGUUGAUUUACCCUUCCCAUUAAUUAAUAAUAUACUUUCCAGUUUACUCCUGCUUGGAUGCAUUUAAAAUAGAGCAGAAUGGAAUUUUCUGUUUUCCCCAACCCUGGCCAAAUAACAUUAACUUUUAUUCCAAACAUUCCUACUAAGAAAAUAUUAAAGUUGUAUAUCUUCUAUAUAUGCCUUGCCUGGAUAACCGGAAUAUUUCUUUUAUGUGCUGAUGACAUAACCCAUUUUUAGGUUUGCGGUAGGUGACCAGAUGGCAUAUUACCUGUUUAAAUUUGGUAACACUGGGUCCUUUUAAUAUGGCAGCAACAGAUUAUAUGAAAGCUAUUCAAUGGUGCUAGAUAUAUCUGCCCAGGCUUUCAUGAGUGCUCUGUUUCAGUGUGUUUAAGCCAACUAUGUUUAAUGAAACCUUUGUGUGUGUGUGUGUGUGUGUGUGUGUGUGUGUGUGUGUUGCUUCAGUUUUGAAUGCUUUUGUCUGCUGAUGGUUCCAUUGCCACACUGCAUGAAUAAUGGUUAUGAAACAGUUCUUUCUAUCAACCAGCGGUUUUUUUUAAUUUUCAUGUGAAUGAAUUGGUGCUGGACUGACCUGUUCCCAUUUAACAGGGUAAUCAUUAACUGGCUUUUAAUGAAUCAAAGUUUUUAAACAUCAAAAGAUUUCACAGUUGUCACUCUUAAGGAAUCAAAAUGUUUGUUUACCUGCCUGAAUGUGAAAUCAAGCUGUCACAAAUUGUGAUUGGGUGGGUUAUUUGUGGACAAGCAAGAAUUGAAAAAGCUUCUAUGUGAAUACUCAUAUCGUUCUGCCAAGAUGAGUGCUAAACUAUUUUAUUUUUUCACUGUUGGUGAACUCGUCAUAGUUUUCCCUUCCUCACAGUUUAACUGUUGCUUUCGCAAGCUGUACUCUGCAGCUCACAGAUGGAGUUCUGUUUUUUUCAUAGUGUCUGUACACUAGUAAUUUUCAGAAGCUAUUUUGUAUAGAGAUGUAUUUCUUCAUUUAAAAUAAAAAAAAAUUGCAGCACAAAA